CAACACAUCAAGUUUUAUUAAAGGAUCCAUUGGAUAGUUCAAUUAUAUUAAUAAUGGCACUAGGUGUUGCAUUAUGGCUUUGUCCUAAGAAGAACACACAACUUUAUGACAAGUUGUUAACAUUAAUGAGUUCCUUGAAUACUCUUUUCCCCAAUCAACCCCCGAAAUUCGAACCUCAUAUAACGAUAACCACCAACGUGGAUGUCAAUUUGGUUGACCUGGAGAAAACUCGGGAUGAUGUCAACAAGAUUCUUUCAGCCAGUGUUGUGGCACUCAAUUCUCUCCCCACAAAUCAUUCUAAUCUUGUAACAUUGGGAAAGAUUGAUAGUCAACGUAAAUAUUUUAAAAAAUUAUAUUUCCAAGUGAAGAAGGAUCCAAAUUUGGUUUCUUUGGCUCGGAUUAUUCGGGAAAUAUUUGUCAUAACUCCACAAGAAAUUGAAGCUGAAAAUAUUAAAAUAAAUCCACACCUUUAUACCACUAAUAGUAAGGGGAAUACAGUACGGAGGAAACCUCUGAAGAAACAUAAAAGAUCAGCAUCUUCAGCAUCUACCGCUCAGAGUAGUACUGUGGAUAUCGAUGAAAGAACAAAACCUAUAGAAAUGCAAAAAGUCCAAGCCAUUGCAGCGGCAAAAGCUGCAGAAUGGAGCUCUUCCGAGUUUGAUCCUCAUAUUUCAUUGGUGUACAGUGAUUUACACCCUAUAGAUAAUGCGUUAUGGCGUACAAUUAAGACUAGAGUGCUGGAUUAUUUGAAUGUGGCCAAUUGUGAUGCAGAAGGAUUGGAAGAUAAUGGCCUCGGUUGGGAUGGUGGUGUAUUAAAACUUGUUCUUUGUGAAGGUGACGUGAAUGACUGGAUCGUUCUAGGAAGCGUUGAUUUACAUUGA